UUGAAUUUUGGUGAACAUUUCUUUGAGUCUUUCACAAUGCUUUAUGUUCUUCAUUUUUAGUUCUAUCUGGUUCUAAAGGUGAAAGAGAUCUUUGAUUUCUGUAUGGUUUUCAUACCAGAUAUUUCUUAUUUUAAGUCCAAAAAUUUAUAGGAUCUUUCCUGUAUGUAUAGUGUACAUUUCUCUCCAGAAAUCUUUUGGUUUUAAGUCCAAAAGUUUAUGCCAUUUUCCAAAAAUCACACACUAUUGGUAAACUGAGACUGCUUCAUUGGUGUUGUGGAAAGCUGAUGUGAUAUUCUACAGUGUCUAAGCUGAUGUUACAUAUGAGUAUAGGGUCUGCCUCAAUCUAAGGUGAUGGGAAUUUGAUUUUUCUGUGUGAUUUGAAGUUCUUUUGAUGCUAGGGUGUUGUAAAGGUGAUAGCGAAAGAUCUUAUAAGGACGAGGCAUCAGAUUGAAAAAUUUUACAAGCUUAAAUCCCAAUUUCAAGGUGUCUCGCUCAGAAUUCAGGUUCAUCAGCUGCACUUGAAAGUUACUACUUUUCUAUGGAUAAAUCUUGGAUUAGAAAGCCAAGGAACACGACGGAAUAUUUAUUUGGUUUAGAUCAAUUUUUAGAUUUUGCAUUUGCUAAUGCUGUUGUUGGAGAUAGAAUAAAGUGUCCUUGUCCUAAAUAUGGAUUCGCAGAGUGGCAGACUAAAAUUUAUGACCAUUGAGAAAGUUUCACGAGGAUAUGUGUAUCGCUCUAUUGCAAAGAAGUGGGAUGCAAGUAGGCAGAAGAUGUGGUAUGAGUUUAAAGACCCACUUAAAACCAAAGAUGAGAUUAUGGAUAAUGUUCCUGUAGGUAUUACUCGGGAUCAAUGGACUUCCUUUGUGAACUACCGUUAUAAAGAAGAAACUCAGAACAUGUGUAAAAGAAAUGCUGAAAAUUGGAAGAACCAAACAGUUCCACACACUGGUGGCUUCGAACCUAAUUUUAGAAGAAGGGCUGAAAUGGGAGUAAGCCUGGACGAGCACAACUUUAUCUUGCUACACAUACGAAACAAGAUGGAUCAUAUGCAAAUGAGGAGGCAAAAGAAAUGUCCAAGUGAUGCAGCUAGUGGACCCGUUUCACCGACGGAUGCAAGAAGAUCUUCUGGCGCUAGUAAUAGCGCCAAUCCCUGUGACCAUAGAGAUUCAUUUUAAUUGAAGUGGAUGUAUUAAGACAAUGUAAUAGCUUACUAAUAUAGACGGUUAACUAUGUUCUAAUUUAGCUUGAUGACAUAUGAUACUACUCUGUCAUAGUAUUUUUCACGGUUAAUGAAAUGUUGAUGUUUCUUAAUU